AUGUUUCGUUGCUUCGGAAGAGGUGGUUAUGGGUCUCGACAUUAUGGGCCCGUGCUGGAAUGUGCAAUUUACAACAAGAGAACCAUUCCGAUGAUGAUAAAUUGGACUGGGAAUAAUCAUCAUGUCAUGAUGGAGAUUGGCAGUAUCACGAUGAAGAGAUUUGCAAGCAAGGAGAAUGUGAGUGGUGAAGAGAAGAAUCAUAUGGAUGGAAAAAACAAAUGGAUGCCUUCUUCAUCAUUGGAAGGAAAGAAUAACCUUGAAGCCUCCCCAAUCAUACCAUCCUCUACAUCAUCAUCCUCUUCAUCACCAUCAUUCAUCACACAAGUAUAUAAUUUGAGAAACAAAAUAGAGGCUUUAGAGGAAAAAACUCUUGCAUACUUUCCGAAAACAUCUAUCCAACUGAGUCCCUUCUUUUUGAAUGAAAUGAUGAAAAAACCAAAAAAUUAUUAUUGGGCUGCAUUUGUUGCUAUUGCAUCCAUCAUUGUCAUGUUAUACGUACGCUAUGUGUACUAUUUUAAACAACAAGUAGAACAGUUAUUUGAGCAAGAGACAAAGACACAGAAAUCUGCAAUCGCUACUCUGCGAGUGAUGCAAGUGUAUGCUGACAAUUUUGGAGCCUUUCCCUCAUUGAGGAAUGUUAAUAUUGACAAUCUCAUGAAUUAUGAACAUUUUAUUAAUCGUUUUGCCUGGAAACGAGACUUUUUAUCGACUAUCGCUGCAACCAGUAAGAUUCCUCUUACUAAAGAAAUGAGUCUAGUAAUAUUUGAGAAAAUCUUGUCAUCUCCUUCUGGAAAGAGAAUUCUCAAGGAGGAGUGUCCUCAGAAUUUGCUCAAUGCGCUUGAUAUUUUGUUGAAGGACGACACAGACAAUUUUCAAGAAAUUGGAUCCAAAAUUUUGUGUGACUUCUUUGAAGGAGAUCAAGUUAAAAUAGAUGAAUAUUUGAGGACAUUCUCAUCAAAAAGUGGAGUCGAUAUUUCUAAUAUUCAGAACUAUAUUGAAGGUUUAAGGAAAAGUAAAACUUUCAAGUUGCAGCUAUCCGAUCACAAUAUCCAGUCGAAUGACAUUGACGUACGUUUAGGACUACUUCCCGUGGAAAUAUUUUCUUCUGUCAUGUACUGUGUAAACUCAUGGAAAAAGAGAGCCAAUGCUCCAGCUAUCUUUUUAAAUCAUAUUCGAUGGUGGGCAGUUCUUGCUGGUGCUGUCCCUGCAAUCGCAGAUAUGAUGAUUUCCAUAUUGCACACACAACAAUACUCUCGCAAAGUUGAAAACUUCUACACCACCCAAGACCUGCAACAGCAACCGUCUUUUUGGAAAAGCCUCAUUGAUUUCACUCCAACAUCUUUCAACAUUAUGUACGCUUCAAUUCGAUUUUUCGAAACAGUUGCCUUUUUACUGCUCUGGAAAAGAGCUAGGUUCACUGUAAUUCCAAUGAUAUUCAACGAAUUACUGAGAUACAACAUUUUACAAAUAUUUAAGACUGACAAUAGCUUGAAAUUCUUGCAUGAAAAUGAGCUAAGUAUUGAUAAAAACAGGACUUACAAGAUGAGCUUGGCUGAGUCUAGAAAGAAUACUCAAAUCGCCAAGUCAAUUCGAGAAAUCAUUGAAGAGGAAGAUGACGACGAAAUUGAGGAUUAA